GGGGCUGCGGGCAGAGCAAGCUGUGUGGUUAGGUUGUAGCCGGGCAGGUGAGAACGACCUGUGAACUGGCGCUGUAUUUCAGAUUUAGGACUUUAUAGUGGUUUCAGCUCCAGAAACAAUCAGCGUUGACAAGUUUUGCUGCCUGCUUUCUUCACUCAAGUCCAUGUCAGAAGCGACGCUACUAUCUGUCAAACUUGAAGGACCCUGUUACCUAGAUUCUGAGCUAAAGUAAGAUUUCAGUUGAGAACAACUAUUCCGGAGUUGGGAACAAGCACAAAGUAUAUCACACUACAAGACGACUUAAUUCAUCAGGGAAUAAAGUUUAAUUUCAUAACCGUAGAAAAAGAGAUUGAGUGCUCAAAAUGAACAAACUGCGCCAAAGUUUUCGGCGUAAGAAAGAUAUAUAUGUUCCUGAGGCAAGCCGGCCGCACCAGUGGCAGACUGAUGAAGAGUCUGUUAGGAAUGGGAAGUGUAGUUUUCAAGUCAAGUAUCUUGGACAUGUAGAGGUGGAUGAAUCCCGAGGAAUGCACAUCUGUGAAGAUGCAGUGAAAAGACUAAAAUCUGAAAGGAAGUUCUUCAAAGGCUUCUUUGCAAAAACUGGCAAGAAAGCAAUUAAAGCUGUACUGUGGGUUUCAGCUGAUGGACUACGGGUUGUGGAUGAAAAAACAAAGGACCUGCUUGUAGACCAAACAAUAGAAAAAGUAUCAUUCUGUGCACCUGAUCGAAACUUUGACAGAGCAUUCUCUUAUAUCUGCCGAGAUGGAACAACAAGGCGAUGGAUCUGUCACUGCUUCAUGGCUGUUAAAGAUACGGGUGAGAGGCUCAGUCAUGCUGUCGGUUGUGCAUUUGCAGCCUGUCUUGAGAGGAAACAAAAGCGGGAAAAAGAAUGUGGUGUAACUGCCACGUUUGAUGCCAGCAGAACAACUUUCACUCGAGAAGGCUCUUUCAGGGUGACCACAGCUACUGAGCAAGCAGAGAGAGAAGAAGUCAUGAAGCAGUUACAGGAUUCCAAGAAAGUUGCGGAGUCUGAAGUGAUAACAGAGUCUGUACCACCUAUAGCGGUGACAUUUUCUCCAGCUGCUGCCGUGCAGUCAUCCCCCCCUACUGUGGCUCCUGUGAUCCAGGAGAAUAAGGAUUUGAACAACCCUCAUAUGAUCCCACGUAGGCACGCUCCAGUGGAGCAACUCGCCAGACAGGGCUCGUUCCGUGGCUUUCCUGCUCUCAGCAAUAAAAUGUCCCCCUUCAAGCGGCAGCACUCCUUGCGAAUAAAUGAACUGCCGUCAACGGUGCAGCGCAAAUCUGAUUUCCAAAUCACAAACUCAGUGCCAGAAACAGAAGGGGAGACGGACAGUAUUAGCGCCUUGUGCUCACAGAUCACCAGCACGUUCAGCAUGCCACCAGAGGACCCCUUUACCUCUGCACCUAUGACCAAACCAACUACUCCACAGUCCCCUCCAUUUGAAGUAAAUGGCAUUAAUCCUGCAUUCAGUUUACCUGCCGCUAAGCCAGCACAAGUUUCUGUGACAUCUGCAGCCGCACCUGUCCGUGAGACCAAUCCCUGGGCAAAUGUUCCCACAGCUUCUGCUCUUCCGCUAGCUAGCACUGGAGCAUCCUCUGUAGCCACCCUAGUUGGUCCUGAAUUUGUGUCCACCUCUAGUAUUCAGCCAAGCCACAAGAGAACUCCCUCAGAGGCUGACCGCUGGCUGGAAGAGGUGUCUAAAACAAUCAAAGUUCAACAAAGACGGUCUCCUGUACCAGCAAUACAACCACAGCCUUUGCUACAACCUGUCAUUGCUGCACCACAACCGGCACAGCCUUAUCCAUCAAAAACUUUCAUGCCCCUUCAGGCACCAGUGCCAGUUGCUGUAGUUCCUAAUUUGCAGCCACCUUUUAUGCCAGUACAGCAGCCGUACCCUUUAGCAAAUGGUAUGAGCUACCCACCUCCUAGUGUUCCCGUUGUUGGCAUCACACCAUCCCAGAUGGUAGCUAAUGUAUUUGGAGUUGCAGGUCACCCACAAGUUUUUCAGCACAAGCCAUCUCCUGGCCUUGUCAGGCAGCAGACAUUGCCUGCCUAUGAAACAUCUAGCACAGCAAGCAGUCCCUUCUUCAAACCACCGCCUCAACAACAGAACGGUUCUGUUGCUUUCAAUGGAGUAGAAAGUAGUAGCUGGGACGCGGAAAUCAAGCACCAGCAAGGGCCUUCAGCUGCUGUUGUUACAGAUCCCUUUGAAGCUCAGUGGGCAGCAUUAGAAGGAAAAUCAAAAACCCGCACCAAUCCUUCUCCAACAAACCCAUUCUCUAAUGAUCUUCAAAAAACAUUUGAAAUAGAACUUUAAACCACAAUGGGCAUGGUCAUUGUCUUUCAGAAUUUAUUCUAAGGAUUCCUAUAUUUUUCUUAUGAAAGUUAUUUUAGCAUUGUUUGAGAAGGACCAAGAAUGGGCAUGAAAAAAAAAAAAUUCUAGGGAGCUAUAUUGGAAACUGAAUGAAAGAAAAAUAACUGUAGGAAUAUUCAAGAAAUCUUUUGUUCCUACACAUCUUACCCUUACGUUCCUGGCAAAGAGAAUCGGAGACGAAACUGGACACUGGCCAUGGAGUGAAAAUAGUAGAUUUUUGUAAGGCUUUGGCCACAUACCGGAUAUGACUCUCUGCAAUGCUGUAUUUUAGUGCCUGAGCUUCCACAUUUAAAGAUUAGUACGUAUGUGUACAUAUAUAAAGGUUGUUGAGAAUGGGGGGGGGGGUAUAUUAAAGCCAAAAUCUUUAUUUUUAUGCUUUAUGAAUAUUUUUAAUAGUUUGGGAGUUAUAAAAGGUUCUACAAGUUUGUAAGUAAUCUUGCCAAAGGUUUAAACAAAACGAGAUGGUUCAGUUGUUAGUAAUUGUAAAUACAAUUUGUUUUAGCUGCUAAUUCUUACAAAACUGGAUCAACUGUGGUUUUAUCUUUUAUCUCUUAUGUCAUCUUUCCUGUAAGUAGCACAUUGCUUAAACAAUCAUUGACCAAGGGAAGAAUUUCUGUAUUUUUUAAAGCAAAUUAAAGAACAACAUUUAAAUGGUGUAAAAGCCAUAGCUAAAGCUUAUCUUUAUUCCAACAGAUUACUAAAAAUAAUAUAUAUUAUCUGUCUCAAUACAGUUUAUAUUACAUGCUGCUGAUUUUGUUUCUGUAUAUGUGAGGAAAAAUGCCCACAUAAUCUAUACACCACUAAGAGUUAAAUGCACAGUUUUCAUAUACUCUUUGCUAUGUUUCUGUUUGUUCAAUUUUACAUUAUAUCUGUAUGUUUUGUUUUUCUCAAUUUGUCUUUGUACCUUAAUCCAGAAAAUACAGAUCUCAUUUAUUUGUAAAUGUGGGUCCUUAGUCAUGCAUAUUUGUACUGAUUUACAAUCCUAUUUAAACCAAAUAAAUGUUGGUGGUGAAAUCUU